AUGUUGAUGUUGUUUAAUGAGAAGGAAACGCUUCAAAACGAUCUCAACAAAAAACGAUUAUCUAAGAUGGGAUUGAGUGACAAUGCGGACUUUACGGAAGAAGCUAACGAGAUACGGCGCCUUCUGCAACUGGUCCGAAACCAAGAGGAUGAGAUCGAUCGAAUAACAAAGGAACUAGGUUUAAGUUCAUCCCUUACUGUUCAGUCCACCGAAGACGAUUCCCGGUUGCAUCAAAAACGUUGA